AUGGAGGAUUGCAUGGACAUUGAUAUCUAUGCACAUGGACUUUUUGAUCUUCUGUUUAUUGCCAGGCAUGAAGCAAAUUUUAUCGGGAGAAUUGUUGGGGAGAUUGAUCGACAGUUGAAUAAUAAACGCUCAUUAAACAUCGACUUCCCAGUUGGAAUUGAGUCUCGGCUAGAGAAGUUGAGUAAAGACUUGCGUAUUGAAUCAUCUAAUAAGGAUGUUCGUAUGGUUGGUAUUUGGGGAAUGGGCGGAAUAGGAAAAACAACUCUUGCCAAAGCCGCUUUCAAUCAAUUUGGUCGUAGCUUUGAAGGUAGUUGUUUCCUUGCAGACGUGAGGGUAAAAGCUGCAAACCCCGGUGGUCUAGUUAGUUUGCAAGAACUUCUUCUUUAUGAAACCUUGAACAGAAGCAAGACGAAGGACGUUGGUUUUGUGGAUAGAGGAACCAUUAUGAUAAAAGAAAAACUUCAACAUAGAAAAUUAGUCGUCAUAAUCGACGACGUAGAUAAAGUGGAGCAACUAGAGGCAUUAGCUAGAAGCCAUGAUUGGUUCGGUCCAGGAAGUAGAAUUGUUAUAACAACAAGAGAUAAGCAGUUGCUAAAACCUAAUGUCGAUGAUAUAUAUGUCGCUGAAGAAAUGGAUGAAGAAGAAGCUCUAGAGCUCUUUAUUUGGCAUGCCUUUAAAGGAUGUCAUGUUAACGAAGAAUAUGUUGAGCUCUCAAGAAGAGUAGUUUCUUACUGUAGAGGUUUGCCACUAGCACUAAAAGUUUUGGCCUCUUCGUUGGCCACACAAAGCAAGGAAGUGUGGGAAAGCCAAUUGGAUAAAUUGAAUACAAUUCCUCCUGAAGAUGUUGUAAACAAGCUCGGAAUAAGCUAUAAAUGGCUAGAUAAUAAAGAUAAGGAUAUAUUCCUUGAUAUAUCUUGUUUCUUUAUUGGGAUGGACAAGAACUAUGUCAUGUUAUCAUGGAAAGUCUGUAGAAACAGGAAUCAAUAA